UAAACCAAAAGAAUCGGAUCCGAGAUUAUAUCAACUUAUAAUCAAACCCUUAUUAAUAAUAUAGCCCCUUUUUUCAUUUUCAGUCGUCUUUGCAGUUUCUUCAUUGCUCUUUUCGCUUGAUUUGCAUCAGCCAUGGCCGACGAGAUUGAACUUAAAACUGCUCCAGCUGAUUUCAGGUUCCCAACAACCAAUCAAACAAGGCACUGUUUCACACGCUACGUAGAGUUUCAUAGGUGUGUUGCUGCAAAGGGUGACGAGGCUGCUGAAUGUGGUAAAUUUGCGAAAUACUACCGUGCUCUUUGCCCCGGUGAAUGGGUUGAGAGGUGGAACGAACAGAGGGAGAACGGGACUUUCCCGGGUCCUCUUUAAUUUGAAACAUCAGAUUGCAGCAUCCUUGUUAUGAUACAUUGGUUUCCAUUUAAUGUUUUUGUUUGAAAGGGUAAAACCUUGUUUUCUUUUGAAUUGUUAAGGGAUCAUCAAUAAGGAAUUUCUUUCUACUUGUUAUCACUUGAAAAGCCCUGCAGCUUUAUACAGUUUCUCUGUUUUUAUUCCUUGGAUUUCAUAAUUGUUUAUUCAAAGGUUAAAGACAUGUUUUUUUA